AUGGCUCCGCCAAAGAAGAACGAGUUUCUCGACGCGUCCGACAGCGAGGAUGACCAGGCUAGCGGCUACGACUCCGACGACGAAGUGGCCAAGGGCGGCCGCAGCACAAAGCGACGCAAGGUCGACAGCGACGAGGACGAUGUGAUCAGCGACGCCGGGCACGACGCAAGCGACGCGGAAGACGACGACGAGCAAGGCGAAUCAAGCAGAGCCACCGAAAUAAAGGACGGAGACCAGACACGAGCCUCAAAAACCAAUUCCAAAAAGACAAAAUCAGCCCCGGACACGGAGCUCCCAGACGUCACGAGGCCACUGACCAAGAAGAACCUGAUCGCCACCGACAAGGCCAUCAAGAAGUCGGGCGUCGUCUUCCUCUCGCGGAUACCACCAUUCAUGAAGCCCGCCAAGAUCCGAUCUCUGCUGGAGCCCUACGGCACCAUCAACCGCACCUUUCUGGCGCCCGAGGACCCCGUCUCGCAUGCGCGCCGCGUCCGCGCGGGAGGCAACAAGAAGCGCCUCUACACGGAGGGAUGGGUCGAGUUUGUGCGCAAAAAGGACGCCAAGGCCGUAUGCGAGCUGCUCAACGCGCGCAUCAUCGGCGGCAAGAAGGGCAGCUACUACCACGAUGACAUCUGGAACCUCGUCUACCUCAAGGGCUUCAAGUGGCACCACCUCACGGAGCAGAUCGCGGCUGAGAACGCCGAGCGCGCCAGCCGCAUGAGGGCUGAGAUCAGCAAGGCGACCAAGGAGAACAAGGAAUUUGUGCGCAACGUGGAGAAGGCCAAGAUGCUCGACGGCAUGCAGGCCAAGUCCAAGAAGCGCAAGGCUGCCGAUGCCGAGGGCGGCGGCGGCGGCGACGACGACGACACCAGGACCGCUGCCGCUACGCUCUCGGGCGGCAAGCCGGAGCGGGCGCGGACGUUUAAGCAGGUGCAGCAGAUUAAGAAGGCGGAUGCUGAGGAGCAGCCCGAGCGUGUCACGCGCGUUCUGAGCAAGAUCUUUUGA